AUGGCGAUUCAGAAAAAGCACGGUAAGGGUCGUUUGGAUAAGUGGUAUCGCCUUGCCAAGGAGAAGGGAUACCGCGCUCGUGCUGCCUUCAAGCUCAUUCAGCUCAACAAGAAGUAUGGGUUCCUGGAAAAGAGUAAAGUCCUGUUGGAUCUUUGCGCCGCUCCCGGUUCGUGGUGUCAAGUGGCUGCGGAAUGCAUGCCGGCCCAGAGCAUUAUCAUCGGUGUCGACCUUGCCCCAAUCAAACCCAUCCCUCGAGUGAUCUCCUUCCAAAGCGAUAUCACGACCGAAAAAUGUCGCGCCACGAUCAGAUCGCACCUGAAGACUUGGAAGGCGGACACAGUGCUCCACGAUGGUGCGCCGAACGUGGGUACUGCGUGGGUGCAGGAUGCGUUCUCGCAGGCAGAACUAGUUCUUCAGUCCAUGAAAUUGGCGACGGAGUUCUUGGUCGAAGGCGGUACUUUCGUCACCAAGGUCUUCCGUUCGAAGGAUUACAACGCCCUCCUGUGGGUUUUCAAGCAGCUGUUCACGUCUGUUGAGGCUACCAAGCCUCCUUCUUCGCGAAAUGUCUCAGCAGAAAUUUUCGUCGUCUGCCGUGGCUUCAAAGCUCCCAAGCACCUUGACCCGAAAUUCCUGGAUCCGAAGCACGUUUUUGCUGAACUGGCGGAUCCUACUCCUAACAACGAGGCUCGCGUCUUCAACCCCGAGAAGAAGAAGCGUAAGAGAGAAGGUUACGAGGAAGGAGACUGGACACAGUACAAGGAGAUCCCCGUUACCGAGUUCAUUAACACCACCGAUCCGAUCGCUAUCCUAGGACAGUACAACAAACUGAGCUUCCAACAGCUUCCGGGAGGUGACAUCGCUUUGGCUACUUUGGACCGCCUGGAGGAGACGACCCCUGAAAUUCGUCAAUGCUGCGAGGAUCUGAAGGUCCUGGGUAAGAAGGAGUUCCGCAAUCUCCUUCGAUGGCGGUUGAAGGUCCGGGAGAAGUUUGGUCUUGUCGUCAAGAAAGGCGGACAGGCCAAGAAAGACGAGCCCGAAGAAGUGGCUGAGAUCGCUCCUAUGGAUGACGAAUUGGCCAUCCAGGAAGAACUGUACCGGCUUAAGGAGAAAGAAAGCUCGCGCAUGAAGAAAGAACGACGAAAGGAAAAUGAAAGGAAGCGCAAGGAGAUUGUCCGGAUGCAGAUGCACAUGACGACUCCUAUGGAUAUCGGUAUGGAGCAGGUAGGCCCUCUUGGAGAAGAGUCCACUUUCUCGCUCAAGCGUGUGGAUAGAGAGGGUGCUCGAGAUGCGAUCGCUUCCGGGAAGGAGGUAGCUAUCGAGAGUGAAAGUGAGGACUCGACUUCCGAGUCAGAGGAGGAAGAAAGUGAUGAGGAAGGCGACCGGCUGGAACGCGAGCUCGAUAACUUGUAUGAGCAAUACCAGGAUCGCAGAGAGGAUCGGGACACGAAGUUACGGGCCAAGAAAGCCAGGAAGGACUACGAAGCUGAAGAAUGGGACGGCUUUUCUGACUCGGGCAAAGAGAGUGACGACUCAGAUGACGAGUCUGAUUCUAAAGCCACGGCUUCCGCCCUGAAGGCCCCUCCGAAGGCUGAGGGUCUGUCUAACAACGCGGCUUUGUUUUUCGACCAGGACGUCUUCCAGGGACUGGAGGAUCUCGAUGACAUUGAUGACGAAGAAGAAGAGGAGGAUAAGGCUGCGGACGAAGAAGACGACAGCGAAGAUGAAGUGCGGGAUGACACAAUUCCUGCAAAGAAGAAGGAUAAUGCAAAGGAAUGCAAAGCGAAAGCUGAAGAGGAUGAUGACGAUUCUUGGGAUGACGAGCCUAAGAAGACCAAAGAUCCUCUUAAGAAGAACGGUCAGCUCGAUAUUGAUAUCAUCACCGCGGAAGCAAUGGCCCUGGCUCAACAAAUGGCCACUGGCGAGAAAAAGUCGUCGGAUGUGGUUGACGAUGGGUUCAAUCGGUAUGCAUUCCGUGAUAUGGACGGCCUCCCAGACUGGUUCCUCGACGAUGAAACCAAGCACAGCAAAGCGAACCGGCCCAUCACCAAGGAGGCUGCUGCUGCUAUCAAAGAGAAGUUGCGGGCCAUCAAUGCUCGUCCCAUCAAGAAGGUGAUGGAGGCCAAGGGCCGCAAGAAGAUGAAGGCCGCGCAGAGGCUCGAGAAAUUGCGCAAGAAGUCGGCCUUGCUUGCAGACGACGAAACGAUGAGCGAACGAGACAAGUCCCAGGCGAUCGCGAGACUGAUGAGCAGAGCGACCAAGAAGAAGCCCAAGCAGCAGGUGAAACUGGUCGUCGCCAAAGGAAACAACAGAGGUAUCUCUGGUCGUCCACGUGGAGUGAAGGGCAAGUACAAGAUCGUGGAUUCUCGUAUGAAGAAGGAUAUCCGAGCCCAAAAGCGGCUCGCGAAGAAGAAGAAAAACUAG